AUGGGCUAUUUGACCAGCUCUGCCAAGUAUAUUUCCGGUCGAGCAAACUACCUGAGUCGGGCUGAGGCUACAACCGGUAGAUCCAUGAAAGCCUUUUGGGAUGAUGUCGAAGAGGAUGCAAUCGACGGGUUUCUCGGGUCUCAGGGCUGGCCAACAACUGAUAUCCACGAUCCAAAACUGGCAUUCGCGGUCAUCUACAACCUCACCACGCUGCUGCAAGACAUUAUUCACUCGCGCAAUGGGGUUCUUUCCGAUACAGGACCUUUCUCUCUCCUUCAUUGCCUAACAUACAUUGACGUUUUUGGUGCAACACCGAACCACAUAAAACGGAAGGAGAUGGACCUAAGGGGCCACUCUGUGGACAAAGCAUCCGUGGACGUAGUAGCCAUAUUGGUCAGGCAUGGAGCGAGACUAGACGCCAAGUACCAAGGAUAUACACCCUUCCAGCUCUUGUUUGAGGAGUUCAACUACCGUCGGUUUACAGGCAGUUCUGGUCCCCAAAAUACACGACCCGCGAUUCUAGAGUUAGUCCAUCAGUUCCUCAAAGCCGGUCAAGAACCAAACGUGGUUCUGGUGAAAAGGAGGAAAAUCUCCAGAACGCCGAGCGAAAGGGUUCUUUGCUCCCCGCUGCAUGUCGCGAGGCCGGAUCUGGCAGUAUUGUUACUCCAGUCCGGUGCGAAGACCAACAUCAUGGACAGUCGAGGUCUGACUCCGCUGGACCUUUCCUGCGGCGUCGGCGAGAACGUGCACGAGAUUGGAGAUCAUGUCUCGCCGGUUGGUGCAUACGAGACUGCAGCCUUCUCCUACGCCACGGCGCCAAGUUGA